AUGGACUGGAAUUUGAAAGCACCUUCUUGGGAUUUGGUGGAUGUGGAUAAGGCUACCAUACCCAACAUAGAAUCAAUGGAGGAGCAUAACAGAUUUGGAGUUUAUAGAAUGAAGGGGGAGUUUUCUGUUGACUUGAAGCUUGGUCAUGUGGGGAAUUCUGGCACUGAAUCAGCAUUGGCCAAGUCCAAAGAUGUUCCUGCUGGUGCUGGUGUCUCCAAAGUGGCAUCCUCACCUUCAGGGUCUUCUAAGAGAGCCAGAGUCAUUAACAGCACAACCCUGACUGUGUCAUGCCUUGUGGACGGGUGCAAUUCAGAUCUUAGCAAUUGUAGAGAUUAUCAUAGGCGCCACAAGGUGUGUGAACUCCAUUCCAAGUCCCCAGAGGUCACAAUCGGUGGCCUCAAGCAAAGGUUCUGCCAGCAAUGUAGCAGGUUCCAUUCGCUGGAGCAAUUUGAUGAGAGAAAAAGAAGCUGCAGAAAACGUUUAGAUGGACACAACAGACGGAGAAGAAAGCCUCAGCCAGAACCUCUCACACGACCUGGUAGUUUUUUAUCGAAUUACCAAGGUACCCAAUUGCUACCCUUCUCAAAUCCACACGUAUAUCCUUCCACUGCCAUGAUGAGCCCGGUUUGGAGUGGAGGACAUGUCACUUCCUCUGCAGAUACCAGGUUGCACAACCACCAUGGUGGCCACCACCAUCAAGUGCACUUGGUUGAUAAACAAGACCUUUUUCUGGGAUCUUCUCACAAAGAAGGGAAGCAAGUGGCGUUCCUACACGGUAACCAUCCCUCCACAGGUGCACUCAGCAACCAAAGCCUUUCCUUUCCCUCUCAUUCUGUGUGCCACACGCUUCUCAGGACCAGCCCUCUAUCAGAAACUUGCGGAGGGAGAAGCAAAAUGUUCUGUGAAGGCUUACCGACGACCAAUUCGGUGCAUGACACUCCUUGUGCUCUCUCUCUUCUGUCAUCAUCACAGACGCACACUCCUGGGAAUGGUUUGAACCAAAUGGUGCAGCCUCCCUCGAUGUCCCUGAUGCAGCCCUUAGGCCUGAGCCUGCAGGAUAACAGCAACUUAGAGUCUGUGGAGCGAGUGUUGGUUCCCAAUGGGAGUGACCAUUGUUCCUCCAUGUAUAGCUUGGGUUCUGAUGGAUCCCACUGCAAUGAAGCCCCUCAACUGUUUCCCUUUCAAUGGGAAUAG